UCUCUCUCUCUCUCUCUUUCUCUCUCUCUCUCUCCGACCUCGUUGCUACGAUGUGAGUGAGAGAGAGGGAGCGAGAGGAGGGAAAAGAGCGAAAACCCUGAAGAAUCCGGUACGAUGAUGCCUUCGUGCGGCGAAUUGGGAAGCCCUAGCUCCGCCAUGCUCGGCCGAAGGACCUCUCGGCUCCUCCUCCUCCCCGCGGCGGCGAUGGCGACUCCCGGAUCGCUCCGUUUCCGGUGCGUGCUCGACCAGGUCGCCCCAAGGCUCGCCGUGUCGGCGUCGCUAGGCUCCGUCAUCGGCUCCGGGAACGUCAUCGCUGCCGCGGCGGAGGCUGCGGCGGCGUCGGCCGGAGGCGGCGGUGUCGCGGGGGCGGCGCACGCGGCGGUGACUUCGGCGCUCGCGCACCUCGCCGUGACGGCCGUGGCGAUCGCCUCCGGGGCGUGCCUCUCCACCAAGGUCGAUUUCCUCUGGCCUCGCGUCGAGGAACGACCAGAUACUCUUGUAAUUGAAGGAGUGGAUGUAACGGGGUACCCGAUCUUUCAAGACACGAAGGUUCAGAAAGCUAUUGCGUUUGCAAGUAAGGCUCACUUUGGCCAAUUUAGGAAGACAGGAGAGCCUUAUGUCGCUCACUGCAUUCAUACAGGAAAAAUCUUAGCAGCUUUGGUUCCGUCACACGGAGAAAGAGAUGUUCGCGUACAGGCUAUAAAUACAGUUGUGGCGGGAAUUCUUCAUGAUGUAGUUGAUGACACAGUAGCAAGUCUCAGUAGCAUAGAAGUAGAGUUUGGUGAUGAUGUAGCACAUCUCGUUGCUGGUGUUUCAAAAUUAAGCUACAUAAAUCAGUUAUUGAGGAGACAUCGGCGCAAAACUGUAAGUGGAAGUACACUUACUUCUGAGGAGGCAAAUAAUUUACGAGUUAUGCUUUUGGGCAUGGUUGAUGAUCCUCGUGUUGUCCUCAUCAAGCUAGCAGAUCGUCUGCACAACAUGCGAACUAUUUAUGCUCUGCCAUUGCCGAAAGCACAGGCUGUUGCUCAGGAGACAUUGGAUGUGUGGUGCUCUCUUGCUUCUAGAUUGGGGGUUUGGGCCUUGAAAGCUGAGCUGGAAGAUCUGUGUUUUGCUGUGCUUAAGCCACACAUAUUUAAGAGAAUGAGAGCUGAGCUGGCUUCCAUGUGGAAUCCCAGCAACAAAGCUAGAAGUCUCAGAAGAUCGUCUACCAGAGCUGCAUUUCUUGUUCCAUUGGAAGAUAGCACUACAAUGUCUAACCAUGAUUGGAAUCUUGAGAGCUGUGAAGAGAGAGCUGAUUUGAGGGACCUUUUGCGGGCCGUACUGCCAUUUGAUCUCUUUCUGGAUCGAAAAAAGCGCAUUAACUUUCUUAAUAAUCUCAGGAAAUGUUCUGAAGCAUCAGUAGAAAAGCCUAAGGUUGUCAAUGAUGCUGGUGUCGCAUUGGCAUCUUUAACAAUUUGUGAGGAAGCACUUGAGAGAGAGUUACUCAUAUCAACCUCAUAUAUUCCAGGGAUGGAAGUAACUCUAUCUAGUCGAUUAAAGAGCUUGUACAGUAUUUAUAGCAAGAUGCAACGGAAAGAUAUUGGCAUUAGGCAAGUUUAUGAUGCUCGCGCACUAAGGGUGAUUAUCGGGGACAGAAAUGGCGCACUACAUGGACCUGCCGUCAGGAGUUGUUAUAGUGUCCUUGACAUUGUACACAGGUUGUGGACUCCAAUUGAUGGAGAGUUCGAUGAUUAUAUAAUCAAUCCCAAGCCUAGUGGCUAUCAGUCUCUUCAUACUGCAGUUCAAGGACCUGAUAGCUCACCUUUGGAGGUGCAGAUAAGAACACAGAGGAUGCAUAAGCAUGCUGAAUAUGGACUUGCUGCUCACUGGCUUUAUGAGGAGAAUAAGGUCAUUUCUUCAAGCAACAGAGAUUCUAAGAUUGAGUCAUCUCCAUGUGAAUCAAACUCUUUAGAGGAUGAGGGCUACACUCAAGAUGAAAUACCCUGGAAGUACAGUUCCAUAAAAGUGGGGCAUCCUGUACUUCGAGUUGAGGGUAGCCAGCUGCUUGCUGCUGUUGUUGUCAGCGUAGAUAAGGGUGGGAGAGAAUUGCUUGUGGCUGUGAGUUUCGGUCUUGAAGCUUCGGAAGCUGUAGCAGAGCGAAGAUCUUAUUUUCAGACGAAGCGUUGGGAAGCUUAUGCAAGGCUUUAUAAGAAGGUUUCUGAUCAAUGGUGGUUCGCACCAGGACAUGGUGAUUGGUCAACAUGCCUUGAAAAGUACACAUUAUGCCGAGAUGGGAUGUACCAUAAGCAAGACCAAUUUGAACGCCUGUUACCUACCUUCAUUCAAGUAAUAGAUUUAACAGAACAGGAGGAAUCAGAGUAUUGGAUGGUUGUGUCUUCUGUAUUUGAGGGCAAAGAAAUUUUCUUUCCACCUGGUAGCUCGAAAUAUGCUGAGACACCGAGCUUCGAUUCCCUAAGGUCAACUGCUACAAAUACUGCCGUCGUAAACAAGGUGCAUUUGCUGAGGACGAUGCUUCAGUGGGAGGAGCAAGUAGUGACCCGUGGAGAACCUAUUGGAGGAGCAAAGGGCCGCACAACCUCGUACAGUGGAUUCCGUAAGAGAAUAAAUCCUGGUGAAGUUGUGAUUAUAUGCUGGCCCCAUGGGAAGAUCAUGAGGAUGAGGUCCGGUAGCAGUGCAGCCGACGCCGCAAGAAGAAUUGGCCUGGAAGGGAAGCUAGUGCUGGUAAAUGGUCAUCUUGUUUUGCCGCAGACCGAGCUCAAAGAUGGCGACAUACUGGAAGUAAGGAUGUAGAUGUUUUAUUUUGUUUUUUUUUUCCUUUCUUUUUGCAACACAUCAACUUGUCAAUCUUCUCUAGGAGAUCCCAUUGGGGAUAAUAGAAAAAUGGCUAUUCACUUUCCCAGGUUCUUGGUUUUGCUCUCUGAUCAGGAGAGCAAGAUUUCUCUGUACAGUUAAUUCGUCGAAAUGAAAUUUACAAAAACAAAAGUAACAGAAAAAAAAGGGGAAAGGUGUUGGUAGCUAUAUAAUCAUGUACAUAAGAAGACAAAGAACAUUUGUCGUCUCCAUUUGUGCUGUAUCCUUUUUAUUGAAGAAACAGUUCUGGAUGUUUGGCUCCUAUA